AUGGAGUUCGACACUGCCGGUUGUUUCCUCGUCCUGAUGUGGUUUACCUUCACUCUGAUGUGGGGAUGCGUUGCCAAAGGUCUGGGCGUUUUGUUGCCGACGCUGACGGACCAAUUCACCACACACACCUGGGUCAUUGGAAUCAUUGCGUCGGCCAUGGGGGUUAUGUCGGAUGUUGCAGGUGUCCUGAGCGUGCCCUUGGAAAGGAGAUUUUCCUGUCGACUUCUGUUAAUCUUUAGCAGUGUGGUAUUCAGCACAGGCUUGCUUUUGGUGCCUCUUUCAACAAGCACCAUUCACAUUGCUCUGGCUUUGACGGUUCUAGUAGGACCCAGCCUGGGAGUUUUGGCAGUGCUCAAUAAAGUCCUACUAACACGCCACUUUCAAAAGCGAUACACUUUGGCCAACGGGAUUGGCCGCACCGGGUUGGCAGUUGCCCUUCUUGCUUUUGCACCGAUGACGCAGCUUUUCCUCGACACCUACGGUUGGAGAGGAGCGGCGCUGCUUAUUGCUGGAAUCAGUAUGCAUCAGAUAGCAAGUGCUGCCGUUGUCAGGGUCACCAAAGCACAGUACGAGCCUCUUACGGAUAGCUCAGAUAACCACCAGGAUGACAUCGACAAGGAAGGAUGCUGCAGUCGUUGUAAGACAUCUAUUCUUCAUCUCGUCAAAGCUGUAGAUCUCGGGAUACAUUUGGAGUUCGAGUUCUGGACUGUGUCCACGUGUCGCUUCGGAGCGACGUGUGCGUUCGAAUCUUGGAUGCUGUAUUAUAUUCCCCAUCUUUUGGUAAAGGGCUUCUCGCCCAACGUGGCUGCCGUGCUUUGUUCGGCAGCUGCCGUCGGAUAUUCCAUAGGAGGGAUCAUCUGGGCGCCGUUCAUUGAUCGAGAUAUCUUGAAAUGUUCAACGGCGAUAAUCGUCAGCAGCUUAGCUCUGAGCCUGUCGUUUUUCGUGGAUCCCUGGGUGAAUGACAUUCCUGGCAAUGUGUUCAUCACCUUCGUCUGUGGGUUGUUUGCCUCUGCUUUGUACACACUCGUUGAUGUAAUGACCAGAGACGUCUUCAAACAAGAUCGACUUGUGAGCGCCUACGGAUGGGUCCGUUUCUGGCUCUUCAUACCAAGACUUCUUGCUGGUUUCGUACCUGGCUGGAUAUACGAAGCAAGAGGAAGCUACGACUUGGCGUUUAUCGUGAUUGGCCUGGUACCAAGUCUCUGCCUCCUGCCGCUGAUUAUUGGGUUACUGCGAAACAGAAAGAAAGGCCUGUGAAGGGAAAUAGGAGAAGACGAAAGGGUCAUCUCUCGUGCGAGUCGUCUGAAGAGCGUUUUUCCUUAUACUGUCCGAUCUAAUAAUAAUACUAGGGCUCUUUAUGCGAUAUUAAUGGAU